AUUAAAUGUGUUUAUUUAUGAGGAUCAAUGCACUCAAGGUCCUGUGCACAUUACCAGGCAAAUAGUUGAUGCUGAAGUUUAGGCACUUGGACUUGACAAAGUUCAUCAGUGCACAAGGGCAAAGAUUACUAGAGCUGUGGACAGCACAGAGUACAGCAGGAAUCAGGAGAACAUGGCGUCCACAGAUGAACUUCUACCAGACCCAAGGUAGUGUAAUAUGUCUUUAUUGUAUGGAUAGAACAAACAUUUUUACAAAACUCUUGAUAAAUGAACAACGUUGGUCUGCUACUUUAAUUGAAACAUUAUACAUAUAUUUUAUCACAAUGUGAUGUAAGACUGAACUUUCUAUAGGGCUGGACUUCCAGUUUUGACUACUGCACAAAACAGAAAUGGAUUGAUGUGAUUAGAGAUAAGUAUUUACCAUAUAGUGAAAAUAAUAGUGAAAUAUAGUGAAAAUUAUUUGACAAAAAUAAACAUAUAAACCACAUAGAAUAAGUCGACUCAGAGAAGAACAACAUGGGAUGCAUAGCCCUUCUCUGGAAAAGUAACAUGCAUUAACGUUUGGACUGAUGUCUUAUAUUCGUCACACCAAUCGUGACCAGUCUGUGAUUAUAUUGUGGGCAGAAUUGGUUGUUGUCUGGCAUCAUAAUCUAUUAUUGCUUGUUUUUACUAUGUUACUCUGUAUUAUCUCUAUUAUGAAGAAUGUGGUCAACUUGUAAACUUGCCCUUGUAUCAGAUAUAAUAUUGGAAAUAUGAAUUUGCUGUAUUAGUCACUAUGGUUCCAAAAGGUGACUUUGUCAGACUGACAGACAUACCCUUCCAGACAUGGUACAGGUCUGUAGAUUUUGUAGAAUUAGUUUAAAUUGUGUUUCCAAAAAGGAUUUAACUUAUUAUUUAUUUAAAUGAGAAUAUUCUAUAAAGUAAUUGUGAAAUAUAUAUAUUUUUUCCUCUAAAAACAAUUUUUUUUUAAUAUAUAAAGAAAGAGCACUUUCUAAAUACCCGACAGUUUAAUGAGAAAUACACACAUAGAAACAUAGAAACAUAGAAACAUAGAAUGUGACGGCAGAUAAGAACCAUUCGGCCCAUCUAGUCUGCCCAAUUUUCUAAAUACUUUCAUUACUCCCUAGUCUUAUCUUAUAGUUAGGAUAGCCUUAUGCCUAUCCCACGCAUGCUUAAACUCCUUUACUGUAUUAACCUCUACCACUUCAGCUGGAAGGCUAUUCCAUGCAUCCACUACCCUCUCAGUAAAGUAAUACUUCCUGAUAUUAUUUUUAAACCUUUGUCCCUCUAAUUUAAGACUAUGUCCUCUUGUUGUGGUAGUUUUUCUUCUUUUAAAUAUAGUCUCCUCCUUUACUGUGUUGAUUCCCUUUAUAUAUUUAAAUGUUUCUAUCAUAUCCCCCCUGUCUCGUCUUUCCUCCAAGCUAUACAUGUUAAGAUCCUUUAACCUUUCCUGGUAAGUUUUUAUCCCGCAAUCCAUGAACUAGUUUAGUAGCCCUUCUCUGAACCCUCUCUAAGGUAUCAAUAUCCUUCUGAAGAUACGGUCUCCAGUACUGUGUACAAUACUCCAAGUGAGGUCUCACCAGGGUUCUGGCAUGAGCAUUUCCCUCUUUCUACUGCUAAUACCUCUCCCUAUACAACCAAGCAUUCUGCUAGCAUUUCCUGCUGCUCUAUUACAUUGUAUGCCUACCUUUAAGUCAUCAGAAAUAAUCACCCCUAAAUCCCUUUACUCAUAUGUUGAGGUUAGGACUCUAUCAAAUAUUCUCCUGGAACAUCAACCCUGUUACAUAUCUUUGUAUCAUCAGCAAAAAGACAUACCUUACCAUCAAGACCUUCUGCAAUAUCACUAAUAAAAAUAUUAAAGAGAAUGGGUCCAAGUACAGAUCCCUGAGGUACCCCACUGGUGACAAGUCCAAGCUUCGAAUAUAUUCCAUUAACUGCAACCCUCUGUUGCCUGUCACUCAGCCACUGCCUCACCCAUUCACCAAUAUUGGAAUCCAAACUUAAAGAUUGCAGUUUAUUGAUAAGCCUUCUAUGUGCAACAGUGUCAAAAGCCUUACUGAAAUCUAGGUAAGCAAUGUCUACUGCACCACCCUGAUCUAUAAUUUUAGUUACCCAAUCAAAAAAAUCAAUAAGAUUAGUUUGGCAUGAUCUCCCUGAAGUAAACCCAUGUUGUCUCUGAUCUUGAAAUCCAUGUGUUUUUAGAUGUUCAUCAAUCCUAUCCUUUAACAUGGUUUCCAUCACUUUCCCCACUACUGAAGUAAGGCUUACUGGCCUAUAGUUGCCCGACUCCUCCCUAUUACCUUUCUUGUAAAUGGGCACAACAUUAGCUAACUUCCAAUCUUCUGGGACUACUCCUGUUAACAAUGAUUGGUUAAAUAAAUCUGUUAAUGGUUUUGCUAGUACACCACUAAGCUCUUUUAAUAGCUUUGGGUGUAUUCCAUCAGGUCCCAUUGACUUAUUUGUCUUUACUUUUGACAGUUGAAAUAGAACCUCUUCCUCUGUAAACUCACGUGUAAUAAAUGACUCAUUUAUCCAUUUUGUCAACUGAGGUCCCUUUCCUUCAUUUUCAUCUGUAAAUACAGAACAGAAAUAUUCAUUGAGGCAGUCAGCUAGACCUUUAUCUAUCUUUACAUAUCUUGAUGAUGUCAUUUCCACUAAUUAUCAUCUGUAAAUUACGUGUGAGGAUAAAUGCUAAUCCUAAUAAAUUGUGCUGCUGUCACAUAUUAAGUCACAGCCAAAGAUAAACCAGGCAGUAAGUUGAGGCAGUAAAUUGAGGCUACCAGCAUGUCUAACAAGGGCCUGUUCUACCUUCCUCCACCAGCUGCGUGAUUCGCGAAUCUCACAGUAGAGGAAAAACUUUGCCACUCUGAUUCCCGUAAAGAAACAAAUCUCAUCCCGCUAAUAUAGUUAUUAUAUCACAUUUAAAUAAUUACUUUAUGCACUGUAGUGUGUUGAGAGGAUGACACAGAAAUGCCACAUUCUCUCUCUAGUCUUCAGUAACCACAAGUCUCAGUCACUAUUUGCAACAGCAUUUGUGUCAUUAAGUGUUUCCAGUAUUGUAUCAGACUUAUAAAAAAAAGAUGAAUUCUGUAACAAAUUAUGCUUAGUUCUUGUCUUUAUGUGCAAAAUAUAUACCCAUUACAACACACUACUUAAAGGACCACUGUAGGCACCCAGACCACUUCAGCUUAAUGAAGUGGUCUGGGUGCCAGGUCCAGCUAGGGUUAACCCUUUUUUUUUUUUUUUAUAAACAUAGCAGUUUAAGAGAAACUGCUAUGUUUAUAAAUAGGUUAAUCCAGCCUCUAGUGGCUGUCUCUUGACAGCCGAUAGAGGCGCUUGCGUACUUCUCGCUGUGAAAAUCACAGUGAGAAGACGCAAGCGUCCAUAGGAAAGCAUUAUGAAUUCUUUCCUAUGAGACUGGCUGAAUGCGCAUGCAGCUCCUGCCGCGCAUGCGCAUUCAGCCGAGGAGGAGAGGAGGUGGAGAGAAGGAGGAGAGCUCCCUCUCCGGUGCUGGAGAAAGGUGAGUGUUUAACCCCUUCCUCUCCCCAGAGCCCGGCACCCUCAGGGCACUAUAGUGCCAGGAAAACGAGUAUGUUUUCCUGGCACUAUAGUGGUCCUUUAAUGCUAUAUCAACAUUUAUCAUGUCAUAAUAGAUAAAAAAUUUGAGAAAUGUGCCACCAUUGGAGGUAAAAUUACCAAAACCUUAGCAUUAUCAACAUGGGUCACCAUUAUGAAUCUGAGAGCUGAGUGUAAAUUUGACAGGUUGAAAAUUCAAAAUUUGCUUUGAAUUUACGUCACACUUUAAUGAAUAACACUUUUGUGUGUGGACUGAACAGAGGAAACAGCAUUGCGAAAAAUUUGUCUCUCGUUUGUACUAAUGUAGUAACUGUUACUAAAUCAGUUGGGUAAUGUCUCUGAACUGCACAACUGACCCAUGUCAUUGAGUGUGCCGUGGGAGGUCUUCUCCAUGUGUGCUGUAUUCAAGGCUUAGAACUCGAUCCAGGCAGGUUGCUUCAGACGCCCAUAUGCAUGUUAUAUUUAUAUCUAUUGCAAUCAGAUAUAAUAAUUUAAAGGGACUCUCCAGACAGCAGUUUUAACUCACCUGGUUGCAGCGCCAGGAGCCCAGUGAAGCCAUGCCCCCUAUUUCAUCAAAAUUAUUAAAUAGGUGGGCGCGAGCAGGAAGCAAUCAGACGCUUCCAUUUUGGAAGCUUCGCCGCACAUGCGCACAUACUUCAUAGGGCGGCAUUCAUGCCGCCCUAUGAAGUCCUGAGCGCAUUACCGCGCAUGCGCGCAGUGUGCGCAGCCGCGAGCUGAGUUGACUGACAACUCAGCUCGCGGUCUUUGCCCGCCCCCUCUCCUCUGCUGACAGGCAGGAGAGAGAAGGCGCACACACAGUGACUUCUCUCUCCUGCACACGUCAGAUGUAUUUUAAUAUGUCUGACGUGUACAUGGCCUUUUUAGGGCCCUACAUGAUAGGACGUCCCUCUGGUGGCCGUCUGAGUGACGGCCACUGGAGGUAUUCCUAUCAAUCAAUGUAAACACUGUAUUUUCUCUGAAAAUACAGUGUUUACAUUAGAUUUCCUGCAGGGAGCUAUAGAUCUCACCUGAACAACUACAUUAAGCUGUAGUUGUUCAGGUGAGAUCUAUAGUGUCCCUUUAAAAAAGUUAUGGAUGUGUAUAUUCACACCUUCAAGUUACAGAAAAAAUUAGAAAAGCAUAAGACCUAACGAGACAGAAAGACACCACGGAGACAUUGAAGAUGUUCUCUUAAUUGUUCUUAGUUUUAUCUGGUUUUAAGACCGUUAGAACCAUUGGCACUUCAAUAGCUGGAUGACAGUUUUAAGGUUAUUUACUAAACUCUGAAUUGUAGUGAAUACGAAUGCAAAUGGCAAAGUUCAGGCUAGAACAGCAACACUGUAAUGGAGUCGAAGAGUGUUUAGAUGUGUUUAUAUAAUAUAUAUUUAGAAAUUAUUAUUUUUUCUUAGUGGGAAAUUAUGCCACCUAGUGGAGUGCAUUCAUUUUCGCAUAACAUUAUCUUAAUACAAAAGCUUCAUAAUUGUUUAGCAAUGAUUCCGAGACCCAAUAAGUCUUGAAUUGAUUGUUUCAUUAAUAGGCAGUAAUCCCCAAUAUAUCGGUUACCUUCCAACCCCACACCAAGACAAUGUGUUUGUGUCAGAUGGGUCAUUUUAAAAUCAGCAAGAUGAACUAUUCUGAUAUUGUAUAAACACUGGGUGGCAUUCUUCAAUGUUUCGGUUUUAAAUUUCUCAUCAUAAUAGUAGUUGUCCUAUGGUUUUAGCUUUCAGACAUAGCCGUAUUGGUUCACCCAACAGUGGACGUUUUCUAUGUUUGCUUGUGUGUGUUAAUUCGGGCAACACAUUGUCUAUUUUUUAUGACAGAUUCACCUGUAGUGUUGAAAGGGCAACAACAGAACGUUUUGAAACAAUGUAAUUAGAAUUUUCAAAUUUGCAUUAAUAAAUGUUAUACUUCUAAUGAACAUGCAUCAGCAGUGAUACUGUAACACUGGAAAGAGACCUAAAUUUAGGAUAUUUAAUGUCCCCACCUACUCCUCUUUAAUCAUCAUAUUCUUCUUACCCCACCUAAUAACUUGUUUCAACCUUUCAACUUGCAGCUCUUUUCAACCUAUUUUGAACAACCUUAAAGGAUCGCUAUAGGAUCAGGAACACAAACAUGUAUUCUUGACCCUAUAGUGUUAAAACCACCAUUUAGCCGCCCCUGGGCCCCUCAUGCCUCCAUAAAUAUAGCAAAAUCUUACUGCAUUCAAGCCUGAAGAUGUAGAUCUGCAUGCUGCGUGCCUUGGAAAAAAGCUGUCUGCUGACAUCAUCAGAAGUGGUGGCCUGAUCCAAUCACAAUGCUACUCCAUAGGAUUGGCUGAGACUGACAAGGACGCAGAUCAAGGGCAGAGCCAGCAUGAUUCAAACACAGACCUGCCCAAUCAGCAUCUCUUCAUAGAGAUGAGUUGAAUCAAUGUAUCUCUAUAAGGAAAGUUCAGUGUCUGCGUGCAGAGGGUGGAGACACUGAAUGUCUGGAUGCAUUUUAGGCAGCCAUGACACAGGAAGAAUCUCUAACAGCCAUCUGUGGAGUGGCCAGUGAAGUAAUCACUAGGCUGUAAUGUAAACACUGCAUUUUCUCUGAAAAGACAGUGUUUACAGCAAAAAGCCUGAAGGUAAUGAAUAGUUGUUCUGGUGAUUAUAGUGUCCCUUUAAUCUAGACCUCGUUAUAGUACACCAAAGUUUUCCAUUGGGUAAAAUAGCCCUGCUUGAUUGUACGUAAGACCUAAAUAAAGUUAAAUGGGAAUCUCUCAGACAUCAUGCAAUCCAUUGCUGACGGAUUCCAGUAAUUGUAUAUCUUAGUAUUAACUUUUAUCUGUGUGGUAAGAGUCACUCUAAUGAGAAGUAUAAUCAGAGCCUAUGUAUAACAUUGGUUUAACCAAUAUUUGUAUAUCAUUAAAAAUAUGAUUUAUGAAUAGUGAGUAUGCAGAAAGGAUAUAGGUCAUAGAAGUAUAGGGAAUGAAAGGAUCUCCCUCACUGGCUUGGUCCAUGGCCAUUGAGGCCCACUGGGCGUUUUUUGCAGAACCCUCCACCUCCCACCUGAAAUUCCAAACCGUCCACUAGUGGGCGGUAGGGACCAGGUUAACUACACCUGAAGACUGACAAGCAAACUGGUGGGAAUGUUUUUAACUAAAGUCCAAAGCAGAUAAUCAAGAAAGAGCUAGUGCUUCACAUGAAAGUGAUAUCUUGACUUUACAUUUUUUUCCCCAGGUUUCCACCAGGUUUUCUUCAGCUCCUGAUCAAAAAUUUCAGCAUUCCAAGGGCCUGUGUAUCCAUAGCUCCAUCUUCCUCAAAGCUUCCAUAUUGUAGGUACAUCAUUUAACUUAACAAAACAACCCAAGGUUAUACUGUAUUCUAUGUGUAUAUACUUGCUUUUGGCUAUAUCUUAAUUUGCGGUGCAGUAUUGUGACCAACAUAUGAGAUAGUGAUACAGUGUAAGGAUAUACAUGGUGAUUAAUUACUGUACCAUUUAACUAACUUUCAUUAUAGAAUGCUGCCGUGCAAAGUACUGCAAGGAAUACUAUAAAUUCAAAGACAAAAAGUUAAUAUAAGAUGGUGUAGAUGAAAUAUAGAAAAAAAACUGGAGGAAAAACAGAAUUAAAUAAACUGUGGUGGUCUUAAUGUAUAUUGAGCAGAAAAUGGUUGUCUCCCGCAAAUCAUAUCAGGUCCUGCUGUUUUUGUUUUAUAGUAAGAGAUAUCAAUGUUUGUAUGGGGAUUGUACUGAGAUAAAAGUUAAAAAAAACACUAACAAAAAUAAUUAAAAAAAAUGCAUUCACAAGUGAAGUCUAUGUGCAUAUUUUUAAUGCAUGUUGACAUGGUUAUUCACAAAACUGAAAAUUGCCAAUAAUUCAAGGUGAAUUUAAGGCCAAAAUAGCUGAACAAAAAAAAAUUCUCCAAGUCAGCUGUUUCCAGUUCAGCUAAUUUGGCAUCUAAUGUGAAAAUCCCUUUGAAUUUACUUUGAAUUUCCAUCAGUUCCUCUUGCUGGUUAUUCAGUAAAAUGAGAAUUGACAACAAUUCAGAGUGAAUUCAAAGUGAAUUUUAAAUUUAAGGCCAAACUAAACAAACUGAAAAAAAAGUCUCAGUCAGCUACAUUGACUUUUAAUUUGAAAUUCACCUUGAAUUCCAGAAAAGAUCUCGCUUUACUGAAUAAUCGUAUAUCAUUGUUUUCUUCUAACAUGACACCAAUAACACCAGGCACAGUCAGAUACCACAAUGAAGCUGCGGCAGUCAUUGGAGAUCAUGUUGCCUGAUACUUGACUAGAAUCAUACUGUACCUUUCACCAUCAUGAAUGCUAAGUGAUGCGUUUUUGUUUUAGUGCUGGACACAUUGCAACUCAGCAUUUUGGGGAUUCUCACAGUCCUCGCCAUAUUAUCAAUUAUUAUUUAUUUGGAAGAUGCUUUCUACUUGAAGAAGAAAGUGCGAUGUCCAGUCAAAAGGCAAACCCUCUUAUGGAACAGUGGGGCUCCCACGGUAAGACAAUGUUUAUCGGGUUACGUUAAAAUUCUGCCAUUUGUCACAGAUGGUGUUUCUUAAAAAAAACUGGUAUUACUGUCACGCAAAGUUUGUGUCAUGUCCCUAAAUAAAAAAAAAAAAAUACUGACACUAGGUGGGAUGACUAUUUUCCAAUCAUCAUGCCCCAGUGAGGGGUCAACACCAAAGUACUGGUGGAAGAAUAUGGAUUGCCACCUACUGAUCCAAAAUUCUUUCCAGUAUGUCCAAUUGAACUUACAUUGUGUUGUGACAUCCUGUCAUGGAUAACACAGGGGAAGCCUUGUUUCUUCUUGCUUCUGCCUCAAGAGUUGGCUAGCCCUCACAUUACGGUGGAAAUAUAAGCUAGCCUCCUGCAACGCUUAAGUAUGAUUUGCCUUCACUACAAGCUGUAGGAUGUAUGCAGAGCAGCACACACCUACAAAGGAGACAUCUUACAGAACUUUGACCAUUUUAGCAGUUCAGCUGGUAACCACAAAGCCAAUGAGCACAUUGGUGCCAAUUUCCCACCAUUUUUCUGGUUGCCUGCAAGAUGUUUUCUUAAGUGUGCUUUACAAUGAUUGCUUCAGCACAUAGCAAGAGAGCUUGUCCUGCUACCCUGCACAUACACUCACAGCCUGCCAUGCUGUCAAUCUCAGUGUGGAAAAAAAAUAGUGCCCUAUUAGAUUCUUCAAGUGCACCUGGAGAGGUAGCCAUACUGCAAGACUCAGCCAGGGCUGAGUGAAUAACCCCAUUGGUGUGUGACAUUGUGAUCUUUGGAAGGUAUUUUUAUUAACUCUUUGCAAAAAAAAGUAUUCUAAAACGUGGUAGUGAUAAUUUUGGUUAUAAUGUUUUCAAAUGCCUUUUAUUGUAGUUGUUUCGCCCUGAUUGGAGAUCCAGCUUCUCUAGUGUCCAUCUAGUGUAUACUCCAAUACAACCAUAAUCUAUGAAACAAAGGAUACUACAUGCAGUACUACACUUUGUCUAAUACUGCGAGGGAUAAUAAAAAUUGCUUUACUGAUGCCUCAGUUUUUGGAGUGAAUUGCCAUUAUAAAGUACCUAUCAAAAUAUUUAACAUUUAGAACUUGCAGUUUUAACUGAGACAUUUCUAAAAUGAGUUCAGAUUCCCACUUUUUUAUCCAACAAAACAAUGAGUCCUUAUGUUGGGUAAAGGGUCUAUUUCAUGGUCGACUGCAAAUAUUUGCUAAUCACCAUAUAACUAAAUGAGUAUUCACACACUACAACAAACACUGAUUCAUUGCAGCAAUACGCAAGUGGAAAUUAACUUUCACAUUACCUUAAAAAUAGUUACAUUGCGGUCUUUUUAAUAUACAUAUCCUAAUUUCUAAAUUUAAUGCCAGAGAUGUAAAAUCAUAAAGUGCAUGUAAAUAUUAUAUCGGCACAGAUAUGCCAGCAAUUUUUUUUAGAAGCUGUGCAAUCUACCAGUUUAUCCAUAAAAUAAGACAGAAUUCAUUUAUUUUAGAAUUCAUGUGUGGUGUACCAUUUCAUGUUAAUAAUCUUUUUAAAUUGUUUGAGGAAAUAUUCCUAUUAUGGUGUAGUAUGAUUCUUUAAAGCAGCACUGUCACUUGUAGGGUCUUUGAUUUUUUUUUUUGCAAAGAUUCCAGAUCAUAUAUCCGUUGUGUGGAGGUGAUGCAGCUGUUUGGUGAUAUAUCUGAUUGUGUGGAGGUCACGGAGCAGUUAGGGUUGUAUACAUUCCUUAAAGGGAUACUAUAAAUACCUGGAAUACAGUAUUCCUGGCACUAGAUCUCCCUCUGUUCGCCUGUCUCUCGUGCCCCCAGUUGUUGCUGAGACGUGGCUCCAACUCCUCCGACGUCCCUUGAUGAGCAAAUGCCAUGCGCGCAUUAGACCUCCCCAGCAUCAGUUACCGGACCAAAGGCCUGUUUUGAUCCAGGAAGUGACUCCAGUGGCUGUCUGGGAGACAUCCACUGAGGGCAGACUUAGAGCUACAAUGUAAACAUUGCAUUCUCUGGAACUGCAAUGUUUUACAUUGCAGCACUAAGUGCAAUAGGGACACUGCACCUAGGUCACUUCAAUGAGCUGAAGUGGUCUGGGUGCGUAUAGUGUCCCUUUAAGUUAUCUCAUCUUAAUACCUUAUUGUUUCCUCAACCAUACUUCUUCGGCCAGAAGUCAUUGUCACUACUGUACUCUUGUGUGUGUAUGAGAGUACAAAACAAGAUAUAUGCCAGAUUCUGUAAGACCACAGUAUUUUCCAUAUAUAUUUCACAUUUGUUGGUUCUAUGCACCAGUGAGACUAACAGCUGAUGGGAAAUGAAAGCAUAAAUUGUGUCUAUCACCAAAUAUUGCCAGUUACAUGACACAAAGUGGUCCAUACUUUGUCUCAUGUAUAUGACACAAAGUAUGAACUACUUUGAUUCUAUAGUUAUGGAACGCUGAAAAUGACAGAACCACCUUAAGACAGUUAGUAAGCAUUGUAAGGUUUCCAUACAUAUGGUCAUGUAUAUUGUUUGCAUGGAAAUGGAACAAGAUAUGCAUAGAAUUAAAAAGGCAGGUGAAUGAUUUUGAUGUGAAAAUUGUUUUUGCAGGUGGUCGCCAUCUUUGCCUGCUUUGGUCUGUGGAUUCCACGCUCUGCCUUGUUUAUAGAUAUUGGUAUUGGCACGUGAGUGACAACAAAACAACACAAUUCAAUAAAAACACUAGACACACAGGAGUUUUAUUCACCAAACACCAAAAUGUUGUAAAUUGAAAACCGAAUUGCAAAAUUUAGGCAAAAAUAUCCAAAUUAUAAUUAUAACUAAGUUUAAGAAUGUUUCCAAAUUCAAAAUUAUUUUCUUAAUUUUUGUAAUUACAAUUUCGUGUUUAGAGGAUAGAAAAGUGAAUCUUUCAUGGUUCUGAUCCGCUCAGACAAGAGACUUAUGCCGGGUUGACUUGAGGUUCUUUAUUUGAGUGUUUAGACAUGGUUAAACAAGAAAAACAAUAUGAGUAACAGGAUUUAUAGUGAAGAGGAAAUAAUAAAGACAAAAGGGAGAUGGUAGAACCUAAAUCGCCUUAGGGCAGACUGUGUUGGGUCCUCGGUCAAUGACCGAGGACUCGACACCAGGAGGGGUCCCGGCGAUUUGCUCUGUUCGCCCCUGGUGCGAGGCCCCUCUAGUCUGUCCCGCAAUGUGCAGAGCUGCAGACCAUGUGUUUUGCGAGAUCUGGCAAAUCAGAGCAUUGCCGCGGGUUACCAUGGCAACUCUCUGACUGGAUCUCGCGAUCUCGCUGAGCUGCAGGUCGGAUAUUAUAGCCACUGGACCACCAGGGAGCUAAAAAAAAUAUAUGUAUUCCAUUACCAGCACGCCCCCCUCCCUCCCAACAUUAUCACUCACUCCAUCAAUACCCCCCUUCACAUCAUCAUCACCUCCCUCAGUCCAUCAAUACCCCCUCCAUCAACACCCUCCUCACACCACCAAUACCCCCUCUCCCUCAAACCAUCAUUACCCCCCACUACAUCAAUAACCCCUUUAUUCCAUCAAUACCCCCACUCCAUCAAUACCGCCCUCACUCCAUCAAUACCCGCACUCCAUCAAUACCUUCCCUCACACAAUUAUUACCCCCCUCCCUCACAUCAUCAUCACCCCUCUCACUCCAUCAAUACCCCCACUCCAUCAAUACCCCCCUCACACCAUUAAUAGCCCCCUCACUCACAUGAUCAUCACCCCUCACUCUAUCAACACCCCCACUCCAUCAAUACCCCCUCACCAUUAAUACCCCCCUCCCCACUCCAUCAAUAACCCUCCUCCCCCACUCCAUCAAUACCCCGCCUUACACCCUCAAUACCCACCCCUCCUUCACACCAUCAUCACCCCCCUCCCUCAGCUCACUGACACACAAGAUCAUUGAAACACACAUGCUCACUACACACAAGAUCACUGACACACACACUCACUACACACACACUCACUACACACACACACACACACACACACCACACACACUCACUACAGACACAGUAUUUAAACCCUACCUGGCACUGGAGGCUGUGGAAAAUUAAGUUUUCUCUGGGAGGCCAUUUUCAGGCCUCUUCCUGCAGCAAGGUCCGCUGCUUGAGUGCAGGAGGCAGAGCUUAUGUGUGGAGGCGGGGCUUCUGAACAGGGGAGGAGCUUUCACGCGGGGGCAGAGCUUCCAUGCAUGCUGGGCCAGGGCAUAAUUGAAAAAAUUAAUUGAAUAAAACAUUAGGGCUUUCUGCCAGCCCCAGAUGCCGCGGCCCACAGGGAAAAUUCCCGGUAUCCCGGUGGGCCAGUCCGGCCCUGUCAGUAAGCAAUUGAGAUGAUCAGCCUCUUUGGUUUGAAAUCAGAACUAUAGGUUUAGAUUUUUAUAAUUAGGGUAUUUCAGGAUACUUACAAACAAUAGGAAAGUCUAUAAUAUCCAGGAAAGUUGUGUUGUUUUAGGUAGGAGAACCGUAGGUUCAAACAAAGCAAUAAAGGUAUCAAAGUCCAGAAUGAAAUGAAGCAGGUUGGUUGGAUUAAAUCAGGAUUGUAGAUCGGGAUGGUUCAAAGUAAGUAAGAGUAGAGCAGGUUUUCUUUAAUAAGAGCCAGGAACAGAAGACUUGUCAGGUUCAAAACAAUAACUUAUCUCAUUGUAAAGGCAACUCAUAUAGUUGGGUGUGGCCUUUUAUAGCAGAUUUGGAUUGUAGGAAAUAAAACAGAAGAAAUGAAACAUGAUUUGAGUUGUCAGGAUAAGAUCCUGACAGAAUCAUACAAGGUUAUUCACAAAAUAGUGAUAAGCAAAUUGGAUAUAUUUGGUUAUGUUUCAGUUUGGCUGUUUUGACAUACGCACCAUGAAUUCACUUUGGAUUCUUAACAAUUCACAUUUUAUUGAAUAACCCUGCAAGUUUCUCUAUGCACUUUUCAUUAGCAAAGAUUAUGCAUGAUAACCUUUCAAUACGUCCCUUAAUAUACCCUUUUUCUUCAUAAAACAGUAAUUAAAAUGUGCUCAUUAUUAGUAAUGUUUGCCAAUUCCUAGGUAUUUUGCAACCUGUUUCUAUUUCACAAUAAUGGUCAUUAUUGAAGGAUAUGGAGGAAAAGAUGCAUUGAUUAAGAGAAUGGAAAAUUCCCCUAUGCACAUCAAUACAGGCCCAUGCUGCUGCUGUUGCCCAUGUCUGCCUCUCAUGAAACUUACCAAGUAAGAAUGCACAGAGAUUGGUUAAUAAACACCAUAAUCACUACAGCAUGAUAAGAUGUCAAACUGUUCUAAAAUGUUUUGACUGUGAACAUUGGGGAGCUAAAUGGGUUAUGGGGCAUUAAAAGAGCUUGAAUAGUUUAGUAUCCAGUGCAUGAACAGCCACACUUCACACAGCUCUCUUACGUUCAUGCACCAAAGGACAAACAGUUAUAAGUAAAAUAGUUGAUCUUAAAGGACCACUCGAGGCACCCAGACCACUUCAGCUUAAUGAAGUGGUCUGGGUGCCAGGUCCAGCUAGGCUUAACCCAUUCUUUUAUAAACAUAGCAGUUUCAGAGAAACUGCUAUGUUUAUGAAUGGGUUAAGCCUUCCCCCAAAGCCUCUAGUGGCUGUCUCAUUGACAGCCACUAGAGGCGCUUGCGUGCUUCUCACUGUGAUUUUCACAGUGAGAGCACGCAAGCGUCCAUAGGAAAGCAUUGUAAAUGCUUUCCUAUGCGACCGGCUGAAUGUGCGCGCAGCUCUUGCCGCGCGUGCGCAUUCAGCCGACGGGGAGGAAUGGAGGAGGAUCGGAGGAGGAGAGCUCCCAGCCCAUCGCUGGAAAAAAGUAAGUUUUAACCCCUUUCCCCCUUCCAGAGCCGGGCGGGAGGGGGACCCUGAGGGUGGGGGCACCCUCAGGGCACUAUAGUAUGUUUUCCUGGCACUAUAGUGAUCCUUUAAGCGCAUUUAAAAGUGCAUAUUUCAAGUUUUUAGAUUUACAUGCACAUACAUUAUCAUUAUCAAAUAAAUAGGUGACAUACAAUAAGUAUGUCCUGUACAAUUUAAAAACAAGUAUAACAGGAAGUAUCAAACACACAAAGCAUCUGCUAUCUACCCCUGCAACUGCUCUCAUAUUUCAUUACUUAAAUUAUAAUUACUGGUCAUUAGUAAGACAUCUGUUUAAUAAGUCCUUUCAAUAUUCACUGUCAAGACGAACGUAUUUAAAUUUGAUACAUUGGAUGAUUUUUUUGCAAUUCUGUAAACAUUCACUAUUUGCUUUGCAGGAAGAAGUUGAAUCUUUUAAUUUUGGGCGCAUUCCAGAUGGCAUUUCUGAAACCAGUCUUCAAUAUCAUUGGUUUAAUCCUCUCAGCGGAUGGAGCUUUCAAUUCAGAUGAUGUGAGAUUGCUUGGAUUUUUGCUACUUCUGUAAAAUACUGUGAAUGGGGUGAAU